UCUCUCUCUCUAAAGUCUCAGACUUUAAACCCCUGACUGAAUCUGAUCCGACUCCAUUUUCAGUGAGGACCCAAAAAGGAGCGAUGUGGUUUGCUGGUCGUGCGAUUAGGGCUUCUUGCAGUACUAAUUGUACUGGGAGUGGUUUGAUUAGAGCUGCAACGGCGUCGUUUGCGAGGUACUUCUCUCGGGAACGCGCAGAGAAUUUGAGGAAAAUCAACCCUAAGGUCAGCUUUCCGGAGGCGAAUUCAAUUGCUCGGGAUCUAUACGACGUCGUCAAGCAACAUGGACCUAUCACCAUCCCCAAUACUUGGGCUCAAGCCAAGGAGUCUGGUGUUAGUGGAUUGAAUAGCAAAACACACAUGAAGAUAAUGCUCAAAUGGAUGAGAGGAAGGAAGAUGCUGAAGCUGUUUCCCAACCAAGUUGGCUCAAACAAAAAAUUCUUGUUAUGUACACUGCCUGAAGACCCUCAUGUUACUGAGUUUAGAACUUCCACCGCAGUAAAAGUGUUAUCUAAGAAGCCUUCCUCCAAGAGGAAAAAGCAAAAGCAAAAAAGGUAGGUUUGUGUCUUGGCCUUUGCUUCAGGCUUGGGACCUGUCUGCAUGCUUCGUAUGAUCCAUUGCGAUUUCAGUGCUCCUUUUGGUUGGACGCGAGACUGAUCACUUAGUUUCGCGGUUUCGCCCCCUUUCCCAAUGCAUUUUUGAUUGUAGUUUGCUUGUAUUUAGGAUGACAAGUUGGAAUAUUUGGAAUAAUGUUGGUGGCAGAUGUUAUUUUGAAUUUUAGCACGACUGAAUUCAAUGUUUGUCUUA